AGAAAAUCAUUAGCAUCUGAAGCUAGCUGAUUCAACAAACUCCAAAAUGUUCGCUAAGGUUGUAAUCUUCUGCAUUGUUCUCGCCGCUGCUCAUGCAUCCCUUAUUGGACCACUGGGAUUGGGAGCACCUGUACUCGCUGCUGGACCCUUGGGCAUCGGAAAAGGACUGAUCGCCGCCCCUGCCGUAGCCACCGUUUCCACCCAGAGAGCUGCCAUCAACCACGUUGCCCCUGCCGCACCACUUGGGCUUGCUGCUCCUCUUGGUCUCGCUGCUCCCAUUGCUGCCGCUGCACCCAUCGCCCUCGCCAAUGGAGUCAUCGCCGGCAACGGAAUCCUCGCCAACGGACUCGUAGCUGGAGCACCCCUUGUUGCUGGAACUGGUCUUUAUGGCGCCCCUCUUGGUCUUGGAGUUGGCAAGCUAGGUCUUGCAGCACCUCUUGGUCUUGGACUCGGAAAAGUCAUUUUGUAAAUGUUUGUAAGCGUUGAUGAAAUAUUUGAAAUUCUCGUUUAAUAAAUUAUUUUGUUAGCA